AAAAGCCCAUGCCGUACGCCCACUCUUCCUUUGAGAAUGGCCUGGCCCAACUCACAGUCCAAGGUGCCCUGCCAGAGGAUGAGGGCCAGUACACGAUUGUCGCUGAGAACAGCCAUGGGAGAGCCGUGUGCACUGUCAAAGUCAUCGUCAAAGGUGGGCCUGGGAGCCUCUACAGUGGCCAGGAUUCUCUGGUUGUGUUUACACAGGCAGCCCAAUUCUGAUAUUUUUCCACCAGUUGGUCUUUUAACUAAUCAGAUCAGAUCUUUUGCCAAUAAUUGGGCAAAAGAUCAGAAUUGGACUGCCUGUGUAAACGCAGCCUCAGAGUAGGAGUGCUGAUCUAGGAUCAGCUCCCUCCUGUCCAUGUAAUCUUAUUUAUUGUCAUCUAAAAGGCAAAACUGAUCUAGAUCAGCACCCCUACUCUGAGACGCUUGAUACAUCCAGACCCAGAUGUUUCUUUAUCCUUUGCAUCUUUGAGAAAAUAUGCAUUUAAUCUUUGUGAUGGAUGUAUCAGAUAUUUCCCAGAGGACUGCCCCAAUAGAGCAUAUAAUAUGCAUCUAAUUAUUUCUCAAUAUGAUGCUUAUUACAUGUACUUUUGUAGUUCCCCUAUUAGUCCCCGAAGACCUAUAGACCAUUUUCUGACUUUCUGAGUUAUUUUUUUCAGGACAUGGAAAAAGUCUGCCGUGCUAAAAUUACUCUGAUCUAGGGGAAUGCCCAAUGAAUAUGUUCUUUUGAUAACUGUGUUUAGAUUUUACGUUUUUGAAAAUCUAAACACACAUCCAUACCAAGCUGACAAAUGCUAUCAACAUGUCAUAUCUAUAUACAGUAUUUAUAUCAUACUCUCAGGCUAUUUUAAGUCUUUGCAAUGUUUUGGCUAAAUUGAGAAUUCUCUCAAUCCAUGAGAUAGGAAAUAUGCUUAUCUUUUCAGAAGAAUGAGCAUUUGACUGUUUGCUAAAGCCCUGAAAUGUCUCUAUUGCGAGUACUUUGAGCUCCUUUGAUAAGUAGUGCUACUCUAAGUUAAUAGCUAUUUAGGGCUCCAAUGUUGCAUUUCAGGAAACAUAUGCUCUCUGUUCCAGCAUGCAUUUUGUGUUUGUCCCAAAUGGCACCCUAUUUCCUUAAGUAGUGCACCACUUUUGACCAUGGCCCUGAUCAAAAGUAACGCACUAUAUAAGGAAUUGGGGACCAUUUGGGACGAAAUCCUUGUCUAUCAGCACACACAGGGCUUCAUGGUGGAGGUUCAGCUUUAUGUUUUGCUGGGGUAAACAUUUGAAAUACCAUCAUUUUCCCACACAGACAGUGCCACCACACAUGUACUGUGAGUUAAGGAUGCAGCACAGGCUGACCCUGACAGACAGAUGGAGGGAUAUACUGCUAGUGUGACUGCUAGUACACCAACCAUCUUGUUCAUACAUUAAGAACUAAUGGCACACAUUCAUAUUUAGUAGCAAAGAGAGCUAGAGUAGAGUGAGAGUGAAGGGUGUGAGAGAGAGAGAAUAACAAUAACAACUUAAAGGACAUCCACAAUCAACAAAUGUGGUAAAGGAAUCUGUUUGUAAACACUUUCUAUAAAGUACAUUUUCUAUAAAGUCCUUUUAUAAUCCCUUUAUAACACACUUAUGUGUAACAGUAUGACACUGAUUAUAAGCGUCCAUAGUAAUCUGUAUCUACAGAUUAACCUUCACUCCGAUCUGAUAAAUAGUACCUGAGUAAAGACUCUUUGCCUGUGUCUGUCACACACAUCACUUAUUUAGCUGCAGAACAAUGCUUAAUGCAGAUGAGCAAUCUGCAAGCCAAGUGACCGUUGAUUUGCUUUGCAAGUUGGAAUCAUGACAACACUGAACCUGUGAAAAGAAGUAGAUGAGUGGAUUGGUGCCAGUCUAAUUGAUACCAGCGUAAGAGGUAGGGUGAGUCUGCUAUGUUCAAUAGGGAUAUUGUGGAAGAAGAGCCAUAGCAGUGUUAGCUGUAAGUUAAGAUAAUCAUGCAUGUAUCUACAGUAUAUGAAUACUGUAUAUAUAAUAAUAAUAAUAUGCCAUUUAGCAGACGCUUUUAUCCAAAGCGACUUACAGUCAUGCGUGCAUACAUUUUUGUGUAUGGGUGGUCCCGGGGAUCGAACCCACUACCUUGGCGUUACAAGCGCCGUGCUCUACCAGCUGAGCUACAGAGGACCACAAUGGUGUGAUGGUUUAUUUUUACAAUAAGUGCCAUUUAUGUGGGAAAUGCUCCAUUCUUAUAUUGAAUAUUUUGGAAUAUUGCAUGCCGCAGGAUUGGUAGAGAUUGUCCCACGUAGCUAGGAUCCCUCCAUUAUUAGCUUUUGUUUAAAGUCAUGAUUUUGUGUGAUGUGUAAACUGUUAGGAAGGCUCCUCGGAUUACUAGAGGCUGAGUCCCAAAUAGAACCCUAUUCCCUACAUAGCACACUACUUUUGACCAGGGCUGACCAGAAUUUGGAAUGCUGGCUGGGUCAGCAGUGAAGCAGGGCUGUUUAAGCAGCAGUGCUGAUGGAAACAUACUGGAGUUGCCUUGGAUCUCCCUCUGGCAUGCUGGAUAUGCAUACAGACAGUGGGCUGUGUUAUGACAAGCCUGCGUCCCUGUCUGUUGGGUCCUGACGUCCACAGGGUUAGAACCAUUUAGAUUUAUGAACUUGGGGUGGGUGGGGGGAGGGGGGUUGACUACGUAGAACCAAACACCAUACAUGGUGAGCAUGAAUCAAGGAGCGAGGGCCAAAAAGUUCCCCUUGGUGUCUCGUUCUCUCUCUCUCUCUCUCUCGUACUCGUUCUCUCUCUCACAGCGAGGCUGAACUGUUUGGAUGCCCAGGCUACCACGCUGUAACAGCGUGAAGCGAACCCAUGCACAUGCGCAGAUAAUGUGUGAGAGCGAAGUCUUGCGUCUCGCUCAUCUCAAUAUCUGCGGUGCUGUUCGUUGCAAUGUCCUUUAAGGACUAAAGUGUAGUGAUGAGUCAAGUAAUUAUAUGACUCUCAAAGACCUUGGCAGGAACAUCGCCCCUAUGGUCGUCUUUAAUGAGAUUAUUCCAGUGUUUGCAUAUUCAGGGCAUGUACCUUGCAUGUUUGCCAAGAACAUCACAAUAUGGGGAGUUGACUACGUAGAACCAAAAACCAUACAUGGUGAGCAUGAAUCAAAGAGCGAGGACCAAAAUGCUGUUAAUGUUCAGGAUGUGUCUAGUAUUCAUAGUCUGCAUUCUAAAUGGCACCAUAUUCCCUAUGUAGGACAGUACUUUUUACCAGGGCCCAUAGGGCUCUGGUCAAAGGUAGUGUCCUCUUUAGUGCGCUAAAUAGGGAAAACUGCUAUUUGGGAUGCAGACACCAUCAGAGAUGGUAGAGAAAUCGAGACACCGCACUCCCUUAUUUUUUUCUUACACUAACAGGAACCGUAACCAUUUUUUUCCAAUGGUAAAAUGUCUGAGUUCAUUUCUCCACCAUCUUUUAUAGCAUUGCUUUGUGCUCCAGAUGGCAAGUCCAUAUGAGGAUCUGGUGUACUUGUGACGUUCUGCUCCAUAGCCUCUGGAAGUGUUCAGACAGUGGCUGCUGCUGCAGCACCUAUAUAUGCUUGGCUGCCAAUGUCAUUAAGAACAUAAACAGUUUUCCACAGAUUCUUUGGCAUGGGUUCUUCAGUACUUUAGGUUUCAGAUGUCCUGCGGUACACUGCCAGACAGCUCAUUUCCUGAUAUAGGAGAGCUCUUGCUCUCUCCCAGAAGGUUAUCUUUUUCUGAACGAGCAGAGACUCCCAUGAGACGCACAGGGAGUUUGUUAACAUCAGCAUGUUCCUCAUUGUGUUUCUAAAUCACCACGACUGCAUCCCAAAUGGCUCCCUAUAUAGUGCACUACUUUUGACCAUGGGCUCUGGUCAAAAGUAGUGCACUAUAUGGGGUGCCAUUUGGGAUGCAUUUUAAGAAAUCUACUCCAGCCUCUAUAUAUAGUAUUCCAAGAGUCCAUCUUGAAUAACUAUUUAUUUACAUGACUGUGAAGGAGAGACCUUGACUUGGAGUAGACUCUCUUAAUAUAGUGUAUUUAACUGUGAAGCAAGUAAUGUAAUGUCUUUUUGUUCAUUUGCCAUUCCAUUCAAACUUCCAAUAGCCUGCGCUGAUUGACGAUUGCACACACCCAACUACUAGUUGUCUUGUUAAUAGUUUAUUGGUUGUUGGUUGUUUCAUUUCACACUGGCGGACUGACACAGGCGCACAUGAUAUUAGCUAAUGAAGGAAUGUAAUUUUUAACCUGUGUGUCAGAAGUGUUUGGAGAGUCCUCCAAGCAAGGUGAUGUUUUUACUGCUAAUGGUUUUUACUUGCUCUGCAUUUUUUAAAUAAAUGAAGUAAUUUUGAACCUCUAUCUGUUGUUUUUAAGCCUUUUAACUGUUAGAGUAGGCCAGCCCCCCACGAUGACAGUCAACUGGGGGAAAGUUAACUGUUGUUGGUUCUCUUCGCUUAGUGUGCUGUUCAGUGAACUACUCAUGUUCCUGUUCUGUAAAAAGUAACCCUGCAAAUGUUGUUACAUUUCAGCUAAGAAAAGUGCCAAGAGGACGGAACCUCCAAAUGCAGUUGACAUCAAGAAGCCAUCGGCCCCUGUAUUUCUCAGAGGUCUGAAGGAUCUAAAAGUCAUGGACGGUAGCCAAGUCAUCAUGACCGUGGAGGUGACGGGUAAGAGAAGGCCUCUCCCGGGUCGUAUUCAUUAGGCACCAAACGGAAGAAAACAGACUGAAACAGGGGGGGGACUACCUGGACUAGUCCAAUAAGAAGUGCUUUUUUUUCACUGUUAAAAAAUAAUUGCCUAUUUUUGCUUUACGUUGAAAAACAUUUUGCUGUGGUGCACCCCAAUGAAUACAACCCUGGUGGGUGUCUCGUAUUGGCCCUCAUUCCCAUUAACCAUUCGUUUUGUUUGUUUUCAGCGACUGUUUGCUUUAGACGCUGGUAUUUCCUGCUCGGCCCCCCAGAGAUACUUGUUUGGUUUUCGGGUGUUUUCCACAUUUGCAUUUCCUUCCAAUGUUUGACCUGAGGAGAUGGGUUGACUCUCAGAGUAUUAUCACUUAUUAUUAUUAUAUAAUCUUCAUCAUCCAACUGAGGUUGUUUGCAUGGGGGAGUAGUCGCUAGUAAUACGCUGUAUGAUUUACAUUAUUCUAGGGCUAGCAAGAAACGCAGGAGCGUUUCUUGCUGUAUUUUCUUAUGAAGAUUUAUGAUAGCAGUACUCCACAUGCAUUUUAUUUAGAUCAUGCCUAUGUGAAAAAUGCAUACAAUUAUGCAAGACAAUUGUAUAUCAUAGAAUGUGUUAUGUAAUACAACCCUCAUAACACCAUGUUACUGUAGGGCACACUUUAAAGUGAUAGUUCACCCAAAUUACAAAAUGAUAUAUUAGUUUCCUUACUCAGUAAGCUGUCUGUGGACAAAGGUAAGACCGAAAUCCAUGCUUUGGUUUUGUUUACCUGGCCACUGUCUCCAAAUGCUUACUUUUUUGCAUUUUUGUCCAAAAACCAAUGCAAGUCAAUAUUCCAUAUUAGCAUUUUUCGUGUUUCAUAUCCAAAUCAGGGUUGGGGUCAAUUCUUAAUUUCAGAAUUCAAUUAAAUCCAUUAGUUGAAAUUUGAAUUGGCCACACCCUACAGGAAGCAGAAUUUGAAUUAGAGGAAGUAGAACCAAUUCAAAGAAAUUCGACUGACAUAUGAAACAUACAGUGGGGAAAAAAGUAUUUAGUCAGCCACCAAUUGUGCAAGUUCUCCCACUUAAAAAGAUGAGAGAGGCCUGUAAUUUUCAUCAUAGGUACACGUCAACUAUGACAGACAAAUUGAGAGAAAAAAAUCCAGAAAAUCACAUUGUAGGAUUUUUAAUGAAUUUAUUUGCAAAUUAUGGUGGAAAAUAAGUAUUUGGUCACCUACAAACAAGCAAGAUUUCUGGCUCUCACAGACCUGUAACUUCUUCUUUGAGGCUCCUCUGUCCUCCACUCGUUACCUGAAUUAAUGGCACCUGUUUGAACUUGUUAUCAGUAUAAAAGACACCUGUCCACAACCUCAAACAGUCACACUCCAAACUCCACUAUAGCCAAGACCAAAGAGCUGUCAAAGGACACCAGAAACAAAAUUGUAGACCUGCACCAGGCUGGGAAGACUGAAUCUGCAAUAGGUAAGCAGCUUGGUUUGAAGAAAUCAACUGUGGGAGCAAUUAUUAGGAAAUGGAAGACAUACUGAUACACACUGAUAAUCUCCCUCGAUCUGGGGCUCCACGCAAGAUCUCACCCCGUGGGGUCAAAAUGAUCACAAGAACGGUGAGCAAAAAUCCCAGAACCACACGGGGGGACCUAGUGAAUGACCUGCAGAGAGCUGGGACCAAAGUAACAAAGCCUACCAUCAGUAACACACUACGCCGCCAGGGACUCAAAUCCUGCAGUGCCAGACGUGUCCCCCUGCUUAAGCCAGUACAUGUCCAGGCCCGUCUGAAGUUUGCUAGAGUGCAUUUGGAUGAUCCAGAAGAGGAUUGGGAGAAUGUCAUAUGGUCAGAUGAAACCAAAAUAGAACUUUUUGGUAAAAACUCAACUCGUCGUGUUUGGAGGACAAAGAAUGCUGAGUUGCAUCCAAAGAACACCAAACCUACUGUGAAGCAUGGGGGUGGAAACAUCAUGCUUUGGGGCUGUUUUUCUGCAAAGGGACCAGGACGACUGAUCCGUGUAAAGGAAAGAAUGAAUGGGGCCAUGUAUCGUGAGAUUUUGAGUGAAAACCUCCUUCCAUCAGCAAGGGCAUUGAAGAUGAAACGUGGCUGGGUCUUUCAGCAUGACAAUGAUCCCAAACACACCGCCUGGGCAACGAAGGAGUGGCUUCGUAAGAAGCAUUUCAAGGUCCUGGAGUGGCCUAGCCAGUCUCCAGAUCUCAACCCCGUAGAAAAUCUUUGGAGGGAGUUGAAAGUCCGUGUUGCCCAGCGACAGCCCCAAAACAUCACUGCUCUAGAGGAGAUCUGCAUGGAGGAAUGGGCCAAAAUACCAGCAACAGUGUGUGAAAACCUUGUGAAGACUUACAGAAAACGUUUGACCUGUGUCAUUGCCAACAAAGGGUAUAUAACAAAGUAUUGAGAAACUUUUGUAAUUGAGCAAAUACUUAUUUUCCACCAUAAUUUGCAAAUAAAUUCAUUAAAAAUCCUACAAUGUGAUUUUCUGGAUUUUUUUUCUCAUUUUGUCUGUCAUAGUUGACGUGUACCUAUGAUGAAAAUUACAGGCCUCUCAUCUUUUUAAGUGGGAGAACUUGCACAAUUGGUGGCUGACUAAAUACUUUUUUCCCCACUGUAAGUCUCAUUCCACUGGCAAAUAUUUUUGACAAAAGCAUCUGCCACCUCUUACUUAAGCAAUGAGGGGGGGGGGGGGGGGGUGCUAUAUGGCCAAUAUACCAUGGUUAAGGGCUGUUCUUAUGCAUGAUGCAACGCGGAGUGCCUGGACGCAGCCUUUAGCCGUGGUAUAUUGGCCAUAUCACAAAUCCCAGAGGUGCCUUAUUGCUAUUAUAAACUGGUUACCAACGUAACUAGAACAGUAAAAAUAAAGGUUUUGUCAUACCCAUGGUAUAUGGUCUGAUAUGCCAUGGCUGUCAGCCAAUCAGCAUUCAGGCCUCGAACCACCCAGUUUAUAAUAAAGAAAAGAUACCAUUUCAAAUAUUAGUUUGAUUAUAACUCCGAUGUCUAACAGUAUUUUGUUUGUAUUUUUCCCUUGAGAUGUAAGGUCAAAGAUGGUAGAUAAUUGAAGACAUCCCAUAAAGGCAGUUCAGGUCUACUUAAAGGAAAGAUUCAUCCAUUUUGAAUGUUAUAUUGCAUUUGUGCAUCUCUGAGUGAUGUUCUAUCGAUUUCCAGGGGUAAUUUCAUGUUUUCAUGUGUAUCUGAGCUAAUUGCCAUUCAAGCAGGCAUAAAUACAGCCAGGAAAUGACCCUAGGAAUUGAUAGAACAUCGCUCGGAGAUGCACAAAUACGAUAUAACAUUCAAAAUGGUUGAAUUUUUCCUUCUAAAGGGGUGGCUCUCCCAUAGGCAAUAAUGCAAUAGUAGUUGGUCUGGUCUUAGUUCAUUGACUGUAUAUGAACCAGAAAAAAGGUGUGCAUAACACAUGCAUAAUGAUGUAUUGAAUAAAUUAUCCAUUUGAAUUUCAUUGAAUUAAAUUAUACUUUUUAUUCCAAUUCUGCUUCCUGUGGGGUAUGGCCAAUUGAAUAAUUGAAUUGGAAUUAAAGACUAAUUCGCAACCCUGGUCAAAACCAUCUUAAAGUAGCUUUAUUGAUCUACACAAUCAAUUUUAGACACUUUGAGAUGAUUUGGACUUGAAACACAAGGUUUAAUGUGACAUUUUGUGGUCUUAGGGAAUCCACAUCCAGAGAUUGUGUGGCUCCACAAUGGGAAGGAGAUCCAGGAGUCGGAGGACUUCCACUUUGAGCGGAAGGGGAACCAAUGCAGUCUGUUCAUCCAGGAAGUCUUCCCUGAGGACACUGGGAAAUACACCUGUGAGGCGUGGAACGAAGUAGGAGAGGUUCGCACUGAGGUCUCACUCACUGUACAAGGUAGGCUAGUAGCCUAGGUGAAAUUGUAUGUAUUAAACAUCUCUAGCAGAUGUAGUUUAUGCCUAAGGUUACAAAAUCCGGGUGACUUUCCCCAAAUUCCCAGGUUAUCCAGAAAUCCCGGUUGGAAAAUUCCUGGAAUCAGGACUGAUAAACUGGAAAUCCGAGAAUUCUCAAACUUGGAUUUUCUGGAAAACCUGGGAAUUUUUUGAAAAGUUACCAGAAUUAUGCAACCCUGUUCAUGCCAUAAUGACCUGUUGGUUAUCCAUGUCUGUCGUCCAGAGCCCCAGGACGGGGUCCAGCCCUGGUUCAUCACAAAGCCCAAGCCCACCACUGCCUACCUGGGGCAGAAUGUCCUGCUGUCCUGUGCCAUCGCUGGGGACCCCUUCCCCCAGUGGAGCUGGAUGAAGCAGGGCCAGGUGGUGACCACUGACCUGGACUAUGAGAUACUGCAGAAGGAGGAUGUGGUGUCCCUGCUCAUUAGACGAGUCAGGUCCCACCACGCCGGGGAUUACGAGAUCAUCCUCAGGUAGGCUUCUGCAUCCCAAAUUGCACCCUAUUCCCUAUGAAGUACAUUCCUGGUCAUCUGGUCAAAUGUAGGGCACUUCAUAGGGAAUAGGGUGCCAUUUUGGGACAUACUGGAGUGGAGGACUCCUUAUACAGUAGAUUACUCACUUCUGUAGUAUCUGGAGAAGGAGCUGUUUAUGUUGGAACACAGUAACAAUGUAAUUUACAGUAUAACGUACUAUAAGCUACUACUACUUGUACGCCUCUGACAUCUUAUGGAACAUUUGAAUGUUUAACUUUAAAUCUGUUUUGAUUGGUUAUUAUAAUACAUGGGUUAGGGUUACAUGUUGAAAAGUAAUGUUAAGGUAAUCUAAAACCAGCAUCACUGAGACACAAAAACCCUCUUGAUGCUGUCCUUUUAGAGGGAUUUGGUCUGAAAGGACCAGUUAAAUUAAAACACCCCCUCCCCAGUUUUCCAUUCCGUUUCUCAUCCUCUCUUCUAGGAACAAAGUGGGUGACUGUAGUUGUGUUGCCGCUCUGGUGGUCAGUGAGGGUGCAGUGGUGUCCAGUGGAGAGCACCAAACGUAUGUAGCUAGCUAGCCUACUACUUCACUGUCAAGGCCCCUCAGCCUGUGCUAUUUUUGACUUCCCUUCUCCCCCUCCCCAGACCCCAGUUUCAAAUCCGCUUAAUCCCUGAAUAUAACCAAAUAAAUAGUUUACAGUACCUCCUCCAGCUGUGCCAUUGUUCAAAGCCUGGGGGCUGGGGCCCCGUUCAGGGUGCAUGCCCUUAUAAGGCUACUGAAGUCAUCUCUGAUGUAACAUGUUGAGUUGUGGUUUCCCCCCAAUUAACCAGUGGAGGCCGGCCGGGGCUUUUAAACGACCCCUGUUGUUUUCCUCUUCCGCACCUCUCUCUCACUGUGCUGCUGCAGCCCUGAGCCUUGUCAGCGUGUGGGAGGAGUGGACGGGACAGUGCGAGGCAGAGGAGCACCAAGCAGCAGCACUAGCAACAGCUCCAUUCAGCAGCAGGGGUCAGAAGAGCCUAGUGCAGCCCGAGGACUCCUGAAGAGGCGCGUGGAGACCAAGGAGCACCGCGAGGACCAGAUCCGCCUGCAGGAGGCUGAGCAGCGUGACUUCCGCACGGUGCUGGGCAGGAAAGUCACCACCAAGAGCAUCUCCGAGGAGGACCUGAAGGAGAUCACGGCGGAACAGAUGGACUUCAGGGGCCAGCUCCAGCCCAGAGGGGUCAAGCCCCUGUCUGAAGAUGAGAGGAAGGUCAACGCUCCUGCGCAGGUGGACUUCAGAGAUGUCCUGGGAAAAAAAGGGGGCACAGCCGCCACCUCCCUGAAACCAGGCACCGCUCCUACCGAGAAAGGGGAGCCUACAGAUUUCAGAUCGGUUCUGGCCAACAAGAAGAAUCAGAGGAGCUUGGAGAAGAAUGGGGAGAGCCCUGCUCCAGCAACAACAACACCGAAAGACCCUGUUGCCACUGAGAAGGAGAAGAACGCCAUCAACUGCGUGGCUGGUGGGAUUAUAGAUAAGAGUAACAACAUUGGAAAGGAGCCUUCGUUCAGUCAGAACCUGAGUGAUAUGAGCGUGGUGGAUGGGGCUUGCCUGAGGCUACAUUGCCAAGUGACCUGUGACCCCCCAGCUACUAUUACCUGGACUCUAGACGGGAAGGUCAUCAAGCCCUCCAAGUUCAUCAAGCUGUCCAACGAAGGUAAGUAUGUGGCUCGCUACUAGGCCGACCAUGGCUGCGUCCCAAAUGGCACCCUAUUCCGUUUUUAUAGUGUACUACUUUCAUAGUUCACUACAUUGGGAAUAGGGUGCCAUUUGGGACGCAUCCCAUUUAAUUAAUGUAUUGUUCAUGUGUUUGAGGAGGCUUGGCUUCUAAUAUUAGAAAGUAGUGUGUCUGACAGACAGUGAUGUGACAGAGUAUCCCCUCUUGCACCGAUGCAUUACAGGCAUUUGAUAUGGGAUAUGAUGGAAACAUAUCCCUUUACAUAGAGGGAGUCGAUGUUAUCAUAGCGCUGAUAUGUUUUGUACUGGGUGUUUUGUAAUCGUUUCCUUGUAAAAAGCCCCACAUUUUAAAAGGUGGUAUAAAUAGAAUAUAGAGUAAGAAUGGCAAAAGGAUUCCCUGUUUCUGGGCUCCUGGGUGUCCCUGACACACCUACAACAUGUCCCAAAUGGCACCCUAUUCCCUAAAUUGUGCACUACAAAAGUAGUACACUACAUAGGGAAUGGGGUGUCAUUUGGGACACGUACAUCCAUAAUCCCUGCUCUGUUAUUUGAGGUAGUUUGAUGUGUUGAUGCAGAUGCCUGAUACUCUGGCCGUCUUGCCCCAGUAUAAGUCAGUCCAGUUAGAGUGCAUCUGUAUGGGGAUAACAGUUAGUCCAUAGUUUAGGUUUGUCCUUGUGGCAGCAGGGGGUAGGGGGUUGCUCUGGGCCCAUAGCUUGACGAUAACAACAGCAAGUUGCCUGUCUGUUAUUGAGUGCAACCGAAUGACGCCCUGGACCAGAGCUAGGGGUAAGGGCUAAAUAACAAGAUGAUCAACGGGCAGCAGCACAGUAACAUAAUAACUAGGCACACUGCUCAACCGCCAGCUGUUAUUUCCUGUCAAACAGCCCCAUAUCCAAACCGUCACACAGCCAAGUCGGGGCCUUUUGUAAUGAAAUAAUGGAAUCAUAUCUAGGUGACCCUCCAGGUCAUGUUUAUUCAAAUUUUAGUGUCACUGUGGGUCAUGCUGAAGAAUGCAUAGCUUCAGGCUCUGAGAGGGAAGUUUUUGAUUUUUCUCAUUUACGUCCCACCAUAGCAAAUGUAGUAUGUGAGUUAUGUCCUCAUGGAGCCGUAGGUUGGUAAUGGAGGCUACUCUGGCUACAGUUGUCUGUGUGUACUGUGGGCCACUGUGGCUGGGUGUGUGUACUGUGGGCCACUGUGGCUGUGUGUGUGUGUACUGGGGGCCACUGUGGCUGGGUGUGUGUGUGUACUGGGGGCCACUGUGGCUGUGUGUGUACUGGGGGCCACUGUGGCUGGGUGUGUGUGUGUGUGUACUGGGGGCCACUGUGGCUGGGUGUGUGUGUGUGUACUGGGGGCCACUGUGGCUCUGUGUGUACUGGGGGCCACUGUGGCUGGGUGUGUGUAUGUGUGUACUGGGGGCCACUGUGGUUAUGGUUGUGUGUGUGUGUGUGUACUGGGGGCCAAUGUGGAUAUGAUUGUGUGUGUGUACUGGGGCCACUGUGACGAAGUUUCCUUUUGUACUGGGGCUACUCUAGCUAAGGUCCUCUGUGUGUGUGUGUGUGUUUUCCUGCAGGAGGCCUGUGCUCCUUGACCAUCGACAAGGCCCUGCCCGAGGACGAGGGCCAGUACAAGUGCCGGGCGGAGAACUCGGCCGGUAAAGCAGAGUGUUCCUGCAUGGUGCUGGUGGAUGGUGAGUUGUUCCAGGCUGCCAUGACCCACUCCCAUGAGUCCCCCUUAGCCUCCUGGCCACCCCGGCGUCAUCCCAGGCACUUCCUGCAAUUACAGCGGCCAGAU